GGCGGUCAACUUCCGCAAACAUCUCAAAAACAGAAACUCAAGAUCUUCACUCCUCAUCUCAUUCGGGAUUCGGGACUCGACUCAGCCGGGAGUGAAUAAAUGAGUGUGGCGCGUGGUUAAAAAAAACAGUGAUACACACACAUACGCGUGUGGACAUUUGUCUUGUUUGGCAAAUUGGUUGAUUUUUUUUUUGUUCGGGAACGGAUCGUGACUCGGUAAUUGAGUUAAUGCCCUCUUGAAUGGACUUGUUGAACGUCGUGAAAAGAAAGAUGAAGAUCAAUUGUGCCGCGGUGGGAAGCAGGAUGAAGCUGUCAGUGAUUAUUAUCCUCCUCGCGCUAGCAAUCUCCCAAAGUUAUGCAGCCUCCAUUGGUGGCGACGAAGCGGCGUUGAAGUCUCCGCAGAAACAUCGCACGGCGAAACUUGUACGCGAUCUGCCACGCAACUUGGAUCCGCGCCUGCAGACGAUCGAGUUCCCCUCCUACAACAUCCCCAAUCCUUACGGUCCUGGCACGUACGCGUUUGGGUAUGAAAUCGAAGAUCCGGCAACGGGAAACGUUCAGUUCCGUGAUGAGGAGAAACUGCAAAAUGGGACUGUUCGAGGAUCGUACGGAUAUCUACAACCUGAUGGUAACGUGAUUCGGACGAGGUUUAUCGCCGACUUGUAUGGCUAUCGAGCAAACACUGAGAUCCGACAGGCCAACGGACAGGUCAUCGCAUCAAUACCUACCCACGAGACGAUGGAGACACAGGCCAGCAAUCAGGAUAACGUGGUCGCUGAACCAGCGAAUCAAUACCCUACCUAUAGCAUGCCACCAACUUACAGUCCAGCGUUGAACCCCAGCUACAUAGAUCCGUCGUACACUCAAGCGAUCUUGAACCACAUCAAGGAUCAACAGUACCUUCAAACGCAGGGUUACGUCCAGAAUCCCUACGGAAUGUCCCAAAUGCCCAUGAUGCGACCCCCAAUUCCUCAAGCUCCAAUGUUCUACGACACUUCUUCCAACGGCAACGUCUUCAGCAAUUUCUUCAGUCAGUUUCCAUCUAACCUGGCUCCAUCCAACAUCUACAACAACCUGCAGACGAGCUUCCCAAACUUCAUCCCGCAGCAGAACCCACUGAACAACUUCGCAACCAACCUACAAAACGGCUACCAACAGUUUGCCCAGAACAACCCAUUCAACAGUUUCGUCACCAACGCCCAGUCCUCGUUCCAACAGCUGAUCCCUCAGAACAACCCCUUCGCCGGGUGGUUCAACCCGAACAACAACAACCCACAACCUCAGCUGUACCUGCAGCAGUCACCGCAACUGUUCAACCGACCCGGCUCGAUGGUGUACGGCGACACCGGCACUGUUCCAGCGGGGGUCUACAGCGACAUGCCGAUGGGUAUGAACGGUAACAGAGUGCCCACUACCAAGCGUCGUGGAGUUACCACGACCCGCAGGAAGAACGGGUACAAGACGCGCGAUGGCAGCGAUUGGUUGGACGACUUUUUGGAGAAUCGCAAGCGGGAGGUGGUGUAUGGGAUGACCACUGUUGCUCCUCAGGCUACCGAGAGUACGGCGAAGGUUUGAUUGGAGUCUCGAAACAUGCAUUUUAAUUUAUUCUAGAUAUUAAUAAACGACU